GAUAUUGAUAAUAAAGUCUGUUAUUAUCAAACUGUAGCAUUUCCUAUUUUUUCUUCUUCGAGGUGUUGCUGUAUACUGGUAAAUAUACACAUUUUUUCAGGCUCAAAUCUGAUGAUUUGCAUGCUGGUUUCAGUCAUUAUUCACAUGUAUUAUUACACACAAAAAAACUAGCCACAUGUCGGAUGGAGUUUCAUUUCUUUAAUAAAAGACAUCUGUAGUAUGUGGUGCUGAAAGGACAGCUCCCAAAAGUCGAGACAGGAGAUCCACAACUCAAAACCCUAUCCUGUAGUGUGGAAAGCACUCUGAAAUGAACAGAUGGUCUGCUUUGUGAUUCAUUUUAUUUGUCCAUUUCUGCUUUGAGGCAAUCCAGAGACAUAAACUGUCACGCUGUAAACAGUCUAACUACAAUAGAACACGUGUUUGAAAAGGUUGGCUAUUUCUACCACAAUACACAGUCCUAGCAACAGCAAAGUGUCAAGAGGGCCAGCCUUUUCUCUCUAUCUAUCUAUCUAUAUCUAUAUCUUGCAUAUGUCUGAAGUACAUGAAGUAAAAAAAAAAAAAAAAACACCAAAUACUAAACAUAAAAAUCCCUGACGAACAUAAAGCUAGCACUUUUAGCUCAGAAGCUAAUAAAGACUUUGGCUUUAAAAAGGGAGUAAAAACAUCUUUUCAAAUCAAUUUUGAAUCUUGGGGCUUCCAUAGACUUGAAUUACACCAGCCAAACUGUAUUUAACUAUUUUAUGUUGUUUUUAUCAGUUGUUUUAUUAAUCUUUAAAACAAGUCCCCAUGUACUUCAGUUGUUUAGGAGAACACUGUGUUGCUGGGAAGCUCCAGAGAGGUUUCACUGACUCUGAAACUUCCAUCGGCACGAGGGCGAGUCAAUAAUGACUGAAUUUUCCAUUUAUGGUGACCUUCUCCUUUAAAGAGAUGUCGGUCCUGGACUUGAGGUGCUGCUCCUUAUCUACUCAACACAGCCAUCAAUCAGUACUUCAGAUCAAACACAAAGAAUUAAUAAUUUGGUUUUUUUUGGUGUAUGAGGCUAAAAAUGAAAAGAAUAUCAAGCCUCUGGCGUGUAUUGACACACGCGCACACACAUUGAAGCAUGGUAUCUGUCUCAAUCCAGAAUGGUUGAGCUCAGAUUCUCCAUUUCCAAACAUGCCACUUCCAUCACAACAAUGCAAAGGGGAGCCUGACUUGUUGUGCAUAAUCAAUAUUGCUCUGUAUAUUGAGUGUGAGUGGAGGCAGCAUUCAUUAACAUACAUGCUCGCACGCCACGGUCUGAGCUGCAGGCUCAGGGCAUACCACACCGUCUCUAGGACCCAGUGCGUCUCCUCCUCAGCCUUUGUAGUUUUUGUGUGGAGACGAGGGAGACUGAGAUGUGCUUCUUGCUUAUCACGAUUCAACAUCGAGCCCUUCGCCAGCUGAGAGGGGGGGGGAGCUGAACAGGGCAAUUUGAAGGCAGGAUCAGCUCCCACGUCCACGUCUGCUUGUUUUUAUUCCAUUAUUUUGAAGAAAUUCUUUUUUUAUUAUUAAUUUUUUCCCCCAUCUCAUUGUUAAUUUUUUUUUGCUUUUUUGUUUUUUUGUUUUCCUUUUUAAUUUUGGGACACCAUGAAAGCCAAGGCACUCCGGGUGCAUUAUUCCUGCCGGCCGGGACUAUGAUUUAUCAUCUUUGUUUUCAUGACACACUUGCACUCACCCAGUCUCAUCGGAGCAGGAGCUCGAGCGGCGAUCUGUCUUUAACUUUCUUGCAUCUUCGACGAUUCCGGCUGCAGCAGGUACUUUCUGCACUUGAGGUGUUCGAAGCAGCCAUGUGGAGCAGAGAGAGCGCUCCUCCACUCCUCAUCUGCCUGCUGGCGCUCACAGCUCUCUGGAAAACCAGGUCAGUGAAUGCCGAUGCCGCAUCUGAUGCCUUUAAAACCAACAUCACCCUGUUCACGCGAAUCCUGGACAGCCUGUUGGACGGAUAUGACAACCGCCUACGGCCUGGUCUUGGGGACAGGAUAACUGAGGUGAAGACAAACAUCUACGUCACCAGCUUCGGACCAGUUUCAGACACAGACAUGGAGUACACCAUAGACGUUUUCUUCCGCCAAAGCUGGAAGGACGAGAGGUUGAAAUUUCAUGGACCAAUGAAUAUUUUGCCCCUCAACAACCUGAUGGCGAGUAAAAUCUGGACUCCAGACACCUUCUUCCACAAUGGGAAGAAGUCUGUGGCUCAUAACAUGACCAUGCCCAACAAACUGCUGCGGAUCAAAGACGAUGGGACUCUGCUGUACACCAUGAGGUUAACUGUGCAUGCAGAGUGCCCAAUGCAUCUGGAGGAUUUCCCCAUGGACUUUCAUUCCUGUCCACUAAAAUUUGGCAGCUAUGCCUACACAAUCUCAGAAGUGACUUAUGCUUGGACUCGAAAUGCCUCUGACUCUGUGGUGGUGGAAGGGGAAAGUUCCCGCCUAAACCAGUAUGACCUGCUUGGACAAACGGUCGGACAGGAAACCAUCAAAUCUAGUACAGGUGAAUACACGGUGAUGACGGCUCAUUUCCAUCUGAAGAGGAAGAUCGGCUACUUUGUCAUCCAGACGUACCUUCCCUGCAUCAUGACGGUCAUUCUCUCCCAGGUGUCUUUCUGGCUGAACAGAGAAUCGGUGCCAGCUAGAACUGUGUUUGGUGUAACUACCGUUCUCACCAUGACCACACUCAGUAUAAGUGCGAGGAACUCCCUUCCAAAGGUCGCCUACGCCACCGCCAUGGACUGGUUCAUCGCCGUCUGCUACGCCUUUGUCUUCUCCGCUUUGAUUGAGUUUGCAACUGUCAAUUACUUCACAAAGCGCGGCUGGGCCUGGGACGGAAAGAGUGUUGUGACUGACAAGAAAAAAGAGAGAGCAUCUGUCAUGAAGAAGAAUAACGCCUACGCUGUAGCAGUAGCCAACUACGCGCCUAACAUCACCAAGGACUCCGGCACACUUCCAACUAUUGCCAAAGGUGGAGCUUCGGAUCCCAACAAGCCCAAAGACGGCAAAGCCCCAGAUAGCAAGAAGACGUUCAACAGCGUCAGCAAAAUUGACCGGAUGUCAAGGAUUUUGUUUCCGGUUCUCUUUGGCAGCUUCAACCUCGUCUACUGGGCCACUUACUUAAACAGAGAACCCGUUAUAAAGGAUAUGGUCCCCUCUAAUUAGAGAGCACUUUUAAUAGGUUCUGGUCUGGGGACUAUGAGACGAACCAAAUACCUCCAGCAACUGUGUACACAUACCUUUGCAGAGUCAAGUCCUGGAUUGCAGUGUGAUCCUCUAUCUCCGCCUGUUUUCUAUACCGUCUGCAGCACUUUUGAAAAGCCUGGCUUUUGUAAAUGUGUAUGUAUAUUUAUAUUCAUGGUUUCAUGGUGACAUAUUGUGUGAUUACUUUGGUUAGAGUGCAUAUCUCCUUGAAAGUAUGUUUCCAGUUACAGUACGUGGCCACUGUACAUAUGAAUCAAAUGAAGAGUAAACACAUAAACAUUAACACAUACUUUUUAUUUAAGAUUACUUCUAAAUGUGUUGAAUUUUGCCGGUAAUGCCCACUCCCUUAAUAUUAUGGUAUCUAUUUUUCUUUUGAGUGAAAGGGACUGAUUAUAUCAUAUUUCUUACUUCCUUUGCCACCUGAGUGGCCUGACUCUUUUUUCUGUCCAAGCCAAUGCAAAAACACACUUGUAUAAUAUUGUUACAGUGUAAAGGUUGUUUUAUUAUCUGUGACUGCAGGUAUGGGGCUGUAAUCAAACUCUGACCUCCAGAAUUACUGAAACACUCUGAGCCAAAACAUUGUACAAAAAAAAAAGAAAAUACAGAUAUUAGUGUGCUUGUGCAUGCAACACUGAGCUGGCAACUUAGGUCUACAGUUGAGAUACAGGAAAAUAUCUAUUGCAUUGAGAAGCAAAGAUACGAAUGAGAAAAUGGCUAAAGUCAACAGGAUUACAAAAGGUGCUUACUGUGUUUUUCAGGUGUUAAAACCUCAGUUAUCACAUUCAGUUAUUGAACGCUUCAUAUACUUACAUGUAGUCAUCACGUUUUUAUGCAUGCCCAUCAGAAACAGCUGAUUUUCGAUUUAAAAAAGUGCCCUUAUUAAAUUAGACAAAGCUUUAAAUGGUAUGUUUAUACAAAUUCUGUCCUUUUUUUAGUACUGGCUGAGUUUUUACUAAACAAUCUACCUGUAAUACUGAAAAGGAUUUUUCUUUUUCCAUUUUUAUUUACAAAAUACUUAAAAAUAAAAGAUUAAAUACAACAGUCA